UCCAGUUCAGUAGGUGGCGGUAAUGCACCUUCAGUUGGUUUGCCAACCACCAUUAAAACAAGAAGAAGAAGAAGAGGUAGAAGAAGAAGAAGAAGAAGCUCUUCUUUCUCCACACGGGCUUCGGAUCUCUGAUACUCUGCGUAACAUCACUAAAGGUGAGUUCAUCUGAAACUUACCACCUGAGCUGCUCGGUUAACAGGUUAGUGGAGAUUCUGGAGUCAUGAAUCUCUGUAUUUUCCUUCCAGUGUCCUGAUUCUUUACACCUCUUAUAAUGAAAUCAGAGUCCAGACGCCGCUCUUUAGGAAAAUCUCCACAGACUCCUGCUGCUACUGGCUCAAAGAUGUACCACUGCUCAGAUUGUGGGAAGAGUUUUACUCGUCAGAGUAAUCUCCAAAAACACCAGCGCAUUCACACAGGGGAGAAGCCGUAUCACUGUGGACAGUGUGGGAAGAGUUUUAGUCAAGAGGUUCAUCUUCAGACACACCAGCGCAUUCACACAGGAGAGAAGCCGUAUCACUGUGGACAGUGUGGGAAGAGUUUUACUCGUCAGAGUCAUCUCCAAAUACACCAGCGCAUUCACACAGGAGAGAAGCCGUAUCACUGUGGACAGUGUGGGAAGAGUUUUACUUGUCAGAGUAAUCUCCAAAUACACCAGCGCAUUCACACAGGGGAGAAGCCAUAUCAUUGUGGACAGUGUGGGAAGAGUUUUACUCUCCAGGGUAAUCUCGAAAAACACCAGCGCAUUCACACAGGGGAGAAGCCGUAUUACUGCCCCCAGUGUGGGAAGAGUUUUACUCGUCAGAGUCAUCUCCAAAUACACCAGCGCAUUCACACAGGAGAGAAGCCGUAUCACUGUGGACAGUGUGGGAAGAGCUUUACUUGCCAGAGUACUCUCCAAAUACACCAGCGCAUUCACACAGGAGAGAAGCCGUAUCACUGUGGACAGUGUGGGAAGAGUUUUACUCUCCAGGGUAAUCUCGAAAAACACCAGCGCAUUCACACAGGGGAGAAGCCGUAUUACUGCCCCCAGUGUGGGAAGAGUUUUACUCGUCAGAGUCAUCUCCAAAUACACCAGCGCAUUCACACAGGAGAGAAGCCGUAUCACUGUGUACAGUGUGGGAAGAGUUUUACUUGUCAGAGUAAUCUCCAAAUACACCAGCGUAUUCACACAGGAGAGAAGCCGUAUCACUGCUCGCAGUGUGGGAAGAGUUUUACUUGUCAGAGUAAUCUCCAAAUACACCAGCGCAUUCACACAGGAGUAAAGCCAUAUUACUGUGGACAGUGUGGGAAGAGUUUUACUUCUCUGAGUAAUCUCCAAGUACACGAGCGUAUUCACACAGGAGAGAAGCCGUAUCACUGUGAACAGUGUGGGAAAUUUUUUCGUGACCAGAGGGCCUUCCGUAGACACCAGCAAAGUCAUACAGGACAGAAGCCGUACCUGUGCGGACAAUGUGGACGGAGCUAUACUCAUUCGGGUUCUUUAAGGACACACAAGUGCUCUAACAUAAAGCCAUCAGAUCUUGACACGUGAAUGUCAAAUUAAGAUGCAUGUUUUUAAUUUUCAUUUUUUAAAGGGCUGUAAAGAGACAUUCUGGCAUAAAACUAUGUUAUUUUUGUACUUACUUUUGUUGCCAGAGGUUUAGACAUUAAUGGCUGUGUACUGAUACUGUAUAUCUCCCCUGUAUUUUAUUCCAUUGCUACUGAGAAACAGCUGAAUGAAGUGCAAAUAAAUCAAUCACAGCUGAUUCUCAUCUAGGAAACACGCAGGUAUUGAGGUUCUUCCAGUGGCAUGACCAUAUGGUAUACAGUAAAAGAUGACCUCUUUGGGCUGAUCUUGUGUGGAAAAGGAACAAUAUAGAUCAGCAAAAAGAGAAGAUGAGUACCAGGACAAGGUAGGGGGAGAGAGGAGUUAGAAUUCAUGGUGGCGUUCAGAGAAGGGCCAGAUCUAGGGUACCUGAUGAAAUAAGCGCUACUAUCAUAGACCAUGUCAUAAACCACGGGCUAUCAUACAGUGAGGAUGGUGAACGAGAACAAACAAAUAUCGGCCGGGACACAGUGGCAUCCGUUGUCUGGAUUUUUCAAGAAUCCAACAGGUAGGAUAAGUCAUAAGGGCUCCUCCUACUGCAAAGUGUAAAUACAGUCAUUUUACCAUGUAUUACUGUACAGUGACUGUAUGGCAGACCAGAAGAUGACUUUUUUCUUUCUUUUUUUUAUUGUUCUAUGGCUUUUUCUGUUUGUAUAUUUUGUAUUUUCACACAAUGAACAGCAGCUAUAUUGCAUAUUUUUGUUAUCUUGCAGUAAUGUCCUAUUGCAAAUAGAGCAUUUACUGCAGCAAUUCUGUCUCUGGCUUCUAUUUUUUCAUAAACCCUACAUUCUAUAAAGCUACUCUGAGAUUGGGUCAUUCAUUUUUUACAUUGAAUUUCUGCAGCAAAAGAAACAAAAUGCGAAAUUCUAAACCCAACAAAACCAAAAUGUAGAGAGGCUUCAAAAGAAAACUGCAGUGCAAAGCACAAUCUAUGAUCAAUACAAUAUACAGUCUACUGUAUAAGUGCAGACCUGACACAUGUAAAAUAAUUCAGUUUCUGUAAUUCCAUCUGAUGUUAGUGUUUUUAUGACAUUGUGCUAUGAUUGACUAAAUGUUCUGUUGGAAGAGAAAGUGUGUUAUUGUUUUGGUAGACAUAGUUUAUUGUAUUAGUGUAUUUAGUGUUGGAGUUUAGUUUACAGUAUGAUUUUGAGCGUGAAAUUAACCGUGUUGCCAGUUGUGUGUAUUGUAGGUGUGUUAAUAGUUCAGAAAAAUUGUUAAAAGAAUAGUCAUAGCAAUCAUAAAAAACUGUAAUAAGACAACAAAACAAAAAAAAAAAGCCCAGCUUGUCAUGUUAAUUGAUACUACAAAGCGUAAACUCCUCUGUCCUGAACAUGACGGAAAACUUAAAACUCACCGCUUUACCUCUGACUGUUUACAAAGCGCUGGCACUGGAGACUCCUUCCACGAACAUUAAACAAACGUCUCCACACAGAAAACUAUAAGAAUGCGUGGAGCAUCUGCUGUACAAGCCCUUGUGAAUGAGCUGUUACUAUAGAAAUGAUAACAUAUUAGAACGAGCACAUUAAUAUGAAUCUGAUUUAGAGCUGCUGGCAUAGAGAAUUAAUCAACACCAGUCAAAAUCCAGAA